AUGUCGGCUAAAGUGACGCUUUCACUAUUUCUUGCGUUAUUUGCAUUUGCAAACAGUGCGAGUAUUUUAGAUUACCUGGAUUGGGACGAUGGGAAGAAGCUGAUAGAGGUACCGGAGUUAAGGAAUGACCAGCCAAAUAGAAAUUGCAUGUGUAAAGGACCAGCCUGCGUUUGUUGCGUUGAUUUCAACAUAACAUUUGUUGACCUUGGAGGACCAGGUUGCGUUCACAUGAAAUACUUAUCACCUGAAGAUGGGUUCUCAGUUAACGUUUCGUAUGGAAAAAAUCUUUUACACUCUUCUAAGAUACAAGGUAAAAAUCCAGCACCAAUAUGUCUAGAAGUCUUUGGCAAAUUUGCGCAAGUAUGUGCAAAAUUCAGUGACCUAGCGCCUACUUCUGAUGGCCUACGCGGAUGUCUCGAGCUGGAGCCAAAGUUACUUGGAGAGAGUCAGUUGGAAUUCCCAAUAGGCUGUUUCAAAUCUAAUGCAGGUAGCAUGGAAAUGGAAGAUCCACCAGCGGAACCUGAAGAAACAACAGAAGAAACUACGACGGAAAAUAGCAACACUUUUGACGCAGAAUCAUUUUUAAUCAAUAUCUAUCAAACAGCGGAACAGAGUGUUGCAUUUCUUAACAGCCUUCUAGAUUUUCCUCUGAGAAGAAAUGAAACAACAACAAUCAAACCAAGUACAGAACCGGAGACUUCUCAGAGAAGAGCUCCCAAAUAUUUAAAACAUCCAAAUCAAUUGUGA